ACCAGCCAGCACCCCUCAAACCUGCCUCACCAACCCACAUCUAGAAGCUCAUCAAUUAGGGUCACUCUCUCCUCUCUCUCUCUCUCUCUCUCUCUCUCGAGUCAAAAGCCUAUAAACUAAACCUUAAGUCCUCCCAAUAAGAAGUAGUAGUCUUCCUCCAAUACAAAAAACAGAGCCUCUCCAUUUCUAACCCCAUCACUAAUAAGAUAGAUCUCUAUAGGUAGUUUCUUCUCUUUUUCAAUAAUGGGUAGGUCUCCGUGUUGUGAAAAAGCUCACACAAACAAAGGGGCAUGGACCAAAGAAGAAGAUGAUCGAUUAAUUGCAUAUAUAAGAGCUCAUGGUGAAGGGUGUUGGCGUUCUCUGCCUAAAGCUGCUGGUCUUCUAAGGUGUGGAAAAAGUUGCAGACUUCGAUGGAUCAAUUACUUAAGACCUGACCUUAAGAGAGGUAACUUCACUGAUGAAGAAGAUGAACUCAUCAUCAAACUCCAUAGCCUUCUUGGCAACAAAUGGUCUUUGAUUGCUGGGAGAUUGCCUGGAAGAACAGACAAUGAGAUUAAGAAUUACUGGAACACACACAUAAGGAGGAAGCUCGUGAACAGAGGAAUCGAUCCUGCUACUCAUAGACCGAUCAACGAGGCUCAAUCAGCAGCACAAGGAUCACCAGCAGCAAAAACAAUUUCUUUUGCUGCUAAAGAAGAAAAUUUGGAUCAAAAGAAGAAAACAAGUGGUGGGUUAAUUUCUUGCAAAGAAGAGCCAAACCCAGUUGAAGAAAGAUGUCCUGAUUUGAAUUUGGAGCUUAGAAUUAGUCCUCCACACCAUACAGACACUGAUCAGCCAGUGAAUAUUAAGACUAGAGGGAGGAGCACUAGUCCUUGCUUUGCUUGCAGUUUGGGGUUAAAUAACAGCAGAGAUUGCAGUUGUAAUGGUGGAAUUGGGAGCAGCAAUGGCAGUAAUUUUAAUGGCUAUGACUUCUUAGGAUUGAAAAGUGGGGUUUUAGACUCUAUAAGCUUGGAGAUGAAGUAAAAAUAGUGUAAAAAAACCCAUGAAAGCUGGAACAGAGAGAAUGCAGAGUAAUUGAGAAACAGAGCAUCACCAUUGUCAUAUUUGUUUCAAAAAACUAAAUUCUCUACUUUUCUCUUCUUGUUUCCUCUAAUUUGUAUAAUUGUUAAUUAAUAAUAUAUAUAUAUAGCAAUGAUGAUACAUAUAGUAGUGAAAUUAAUUGAUAACUAAUUGUUUCUGAA